CGUAACGCGAAGUGAAAUAUAUAAAUAUACGGGGGGAGGGAGAGGAAAAGAGACACAGAAGAUCGAGAUCGUUCAACGAAAUGCUAAUGAGCGAAAAGAAUUGUGCGAGGAAAGAAGGAACAAACGAGGAAUUGGGCGAGCAUACGAUCAGAGACAGUGACAGAGCACCGUUGGACGAGCUGCUGGUGAACUCGACGGUCCCCUCGACGACCACUGUUCCCGUAAAAGUGUGCGAUGACUCCGCGGACGAGGGCGGAAGGGACAACAACGAAGGCCAGAAACGAGGAAUCCUGACCAACUUUCAGAGAAGGACAUUUAGCAGGAUCAGUUUCAAAGGAGAAUCCGGUCCUCUGCUGAGCAGAUACCGGCAGACCAGAUUCAGCUCCCGAAGAAUACGGAAAAGGGUGGUUUUCAAGCACGGUGAUUGCAACGUCGUACAAGGAAAUGUGGCCAAGCGACGACGACGUUACCUUCAGGAUAUUUUCACGACGCUGGUCGACGCGCAAUGGAGAUGGACUCUUCUGGUGUUCUCGAUGAACUUCUUGCUCUCGUGGCUAGGUUUCGCCCUGAUCUGGUGGCUGAUCGCGUACAGCCACGGCGACCUCGACCCGGAGAAUCACGCCAACUCCAACUCGACCUUCGUCCCGUGCAUCGAGAACAUUCGUGGGUUCACCAGCUCGUUCCUCUUCUCGAUCGAGACCCAGCACACGAUCGGGUACGGAUCGAAACACCCGACGGACGAAUGUCCGGAGGCGGUGUUCGUCAUAUGUAUCCAGUCGAUGACAGGUGUGAUACUGCAAGCUUUCAUGGUGGGGAUAGUUUUCGCCAAGCUCUCCCGCCCCAAGAAGAGGACGCAGACGUUGCUGUUCUCGAGGAACGCGGUCAUCUGUCAGAGGGACGGCCAACCCUGUCUCAUGUUCCGCGUCGGCGACAUGAGGAAGAGCCACAUCAUCGAGGCUCACGUGAGAGCGCAGAUGAUCAAACGAAAGGUGACCAGGGAGGGGGAGUUGUUGCCUUUCUUCCAAACGGAGCUGAAGGUGGGCAGCGACGGGGAGGAGGACAAGAUCUUGUUCAUUUGGCCGACGACCAUCGUGCACAAGAUCGACGAACAAUCUCCCCUUUAUCACAUAUCGGCCAGCGAUAUGCUGCGCGAACGUUUCGAGAUCGUGGUUAUAUUGGAAGGCGUGAUCGAAUCGACCGGCAUGACGACCCAAGCUAGAAGCUCCUAUCUACCCUCUGAGAUUUUAUGGGGGCACAGGUUCGAACAUAUAAUCACGUUCAAAAAGGAGACGGGGGAAUACGAAGUGAACUACACCCUUUUCAACAAUACGUACGAGGUCGAUACGCCAUUGUGCUCGGCGGCCGAUCUGGACAAAAUUAAGGCGAUGCAGAGAGCGAAAGGAGAGCGUAUGAGCAGCACAGGAUUCGCUCAUUACCGGGAUGCAUCGAGCAGCUCUCUGACCACCGGAUCCGGUUCCAGCCUGGCGUCGUCCACCGGUGGAUUGCACAUGAACGUGCCAAUGGCAUCGUUGACUCCGAUUCCGGUUAUGAUCACAAGCCCGGACGGCUCUCUCAGACGCGAGAGCGUGCAAAGCGGGCAAACCGAGAUGAAACAGCCGAUAUUUUACACGCAUAACGAGUUUUUGGACAACGAGCACUCUUCGAAUUAUCCGCAAGACGAUUCCGGACAUCAAGAGGAGGACUACGAUCGCGUGCUGGAGGAUAUAAACGCGACGUUGAGGAAAAGUCGGGCGCCGAGCCAGGAGGCGAGGAGGAUGCACAAGGAGGCGUCCAAAACCACCUUGGAUUCGAGAAAAAGCGAGUGCGCGAUAAGAAGAUCCAACUCGAGGUUAACCAUGGAUCAAAUCAACACUCCUCCGAGAUCACCCUCGAGGCAGCAUUUAGAGCCCAGAAACGAUCCGACGAGGCACGCGAAAUUCGUCGAAUCGACGGAACCUCAUCGCGAGCCUUCGCCCCAUCCUCACCUUUCCCCGAGAAGGUACAGUCUGGGCGAGAAUCACGAGAGGGCCAAGGACGGGCAACACCAGUCGCCGAAAAAGACAAGCUUCAUCCUUGGGGACGACGAUCACCGCGUGAUCGACAUCGAGUCGGGGCAGACAUUGGACGCGUCCAAGACGAACAAUCAUCAUCAUCAUCAUCAUCAUCAUCACAGUCAUCAUCAUCCUCGAGACAACACCUCAGGUCCUCAGGAGCAAGUGUAGUAGGGACGAGGAAUGGUGGGAUUCCGCGAACGGAAGGGCGGUGUGGAUGCCGGAGGAAAGUGAGAGGAAACGAAGAAACGAUGGCAGAAAACAGAACUUUGCUCCUCAACGGCCGUGAGUCAUCGUCGCGUGGCCACUUCCACCGACUUCAUUCAUCCUGGACGAA